AUGCCAGUAAAGUUAAGGUGGCCUUGGUUAGGAAUUGCUAUACCAACGUUUCUGAUUUCAUUUAUAGGCUAUGGUGCACACUACUUUAUUUUAUCCAAUUUCUUGUCAGUUCCGAAACAAAUAACAUUUGAGUUCUGUUUGUCAAUGAUAUGGCUCUCCUAUUACUUGGCCAUCUGCACAAAUCCAGGAAGGCCUUUGCCCAACUACAAACCACCCCCUGAUAUCUGGCGGAAUUUCUGUAAGAAGUGCCAAAGUUAUAAGCCAGAACGUUCACAUCAUUGUAAAACCUGCAAUCAAUGCGUCCUAAUGAUGGAUCAUCAUUGUCCGUGGACGAUGAAUUGCGUCGGCUUUGCAAACUAUCCGCAUUUCCUUAGAUUCUUAUUUUGGAUCAUAGUGACGACUAGUGUUUUAUUUUGCAUACAAGCUAAGCGGAUAUAUUUUAUUUGGCAACAAAGGCACUUGCCUGGCUACUUCUUCAAAAAAUCAGAACUGAUUUUCUUAACAAUAUCGAGUCCUUUAAAUUCUUUUGUCCUACUAACGAUAACAAUUCUUUUCCUACGAUGUUUAUUCAAUCAAAUCUUGAAUGGAAGAUCUCAAAUUGAGUCGUGGGAUAUGGAUCGGCUAGAAUCUUUGUUCAACUCCGGAAGAUUAACUCAGAAAUUAAUUGAUAAUACUUGGAGAAUAUAUCCAGAGUCGAGGUCGUUUCAAAAUAAAAAGGAUGCUGAGGAACACUUGACAAAAAAAAGGCCACGUUUUGAUGAACUUGUAAAUUUCCCUUACGAUUUUGAUUUGUACACUAAUGCAUUACUGUACCUUGGUCCCAUUCAUUUAUGGUUAUGGCCAUAUGGUGUUCCUACGGGAGAUGGGAACAAUUUUCCAAAAAACGGUAUUUCAAAAUAUGAGGCUAACUCCUCAUUGGAAGACCACAUCCUUUCACUUCCCUGGCCACCAGAUGGAGGUAAAACAAACACCGUCUUCAAUCAUGGCAGCUCAACAAUAGAGAUGCGUAAUGAAAGUGGCGAACAGCUAAUAAGGACCAGACUUCCUCAAAAUGGCAGACAUGCUUCUCGUGAGAAGUGGUACAACGACUGGGGUGAAUCACUAGACGAUUUUGGAGUGGAUGUUGAUAUGGAAUAG